AUGGCCCCCUCGACUGUGGCUGAGCAUGCACCGGCUGCUGCCGGUCAGCAGCCUGCACUCGACGUCGUGCGCCACUACGGCGAGCUCCUCGAACGCGACGACCCUCUUCCAGCACCUGUCGCAGCAGUAGAGACCCUCGCCGAGCUCGUCUCGCGCUCCGACUCGUCGACCAUCCAGGAGCUCCUCGCCCUCCUCGACCACGCCUCGGCUCAACUCGCCGCCGCGUCCUUCAACCCCGUGUCGGCCCAGUCCGGCACCGCCCUCUUCAUGCGCUACCUCACCCUCCAGCGACCACCGCCAGAGAUGAGCUUCGCAGAGUUCAAGCGCGAGCUCGUCGGCCGCGCGCGCGAGUUCGUGCGCGGCAGCGGCAGGUCGAGGGAGGUCAUCGCCGCCAACAUGAGCAACUUUAUCCAGGACGGGAACACGAUCCUCGUGCACAGCUACAGCCGUGUCGUCAUCCAGGCCCUCGUCUUUGCGGCAUCGGUACAGAAGAAGCGCUUCCAGGUCUACGUGACCGAGUCGCGACCUUUUGGCCUCGGCUUGAAGACGCAGGCGGCGUUGGACAAGGCGGGCAUCCCCUGCGUCGUCGUCCUCGACUCGGCCGUCGCCUACAUCAUGGCCAAGUGCGACAUGGCGGUCGUCGGCGCAGAAGCGGUGUGCGAGUCGGGCGGGCUCGUCAAUUUUAUCGGCGGCUACCAAAUGGCCAUCGCCGCCAAAGCCCUCGGCAAACCUUUCUACGCGCUCGCCGAGUCGUUCAAGUUUACCCGCCUCUUUCCCCUCUCCCAGUACGACCUCCCCUCUUCCUUGCCGUCGGCCCCUCUCGCCUUCCCUUCUCUCGACGAGGUCGAGUCGCGCGACGCAAAGACGGUGCCCUCGACGCCGGUCCGCCCGAUGAUCCACAGCAAGAUGCCCGAGCCGCUCGUCAUGAGCGACCAGGCGACGCGCCAGAACCCGAUCCUCGACUACACGACGCCGGACCAGAUCACGCUCAUCGUCAGCGACGUCGGCGUCCUCACGCCGUCGGGAGUGUCGGACGCCCUCUUUGCCGCGUACGGCGGGUAACUCUGGGCGGUUCAUGUCGGGCCUGGAAUACAGAGUUGUCUCGCCUCUU